AUGCUCUGGCUCGCCAAGUUCCGCCUCGUCUCGUUGAUAAUCUCUUCCGCCCUUGGCCUCACUAUCAUCGGUAUCAACGCCGAUGUUGCCACGUUUCUCUCCCAGGCAGCCGUCAUUCAUGUAGAUGGUCAAUCAUACAGUCUCGGACUCGUCGACUAUCCUCGGCUCGGGAUCGCUGUAGGGGCGUGGACCCUUAUAGCCUUCUCAUCAAUGGUCGCCGUGGAUAUACUACGAACCUCGUUCAUCAUCUACCUCGAGCUGUGUUGUCUGGCCUUCGUGUCGGGUCUGUGGUUCGUCGUCGUCGUUUUCACCAUCGUCGGCUUCGUCAUCUUGUUCCACGGCGCCUGCAACGACCUCGGCCCAGUGGUCUUCCCUGGCGGCGAGACCCUGAUCUCCACCGGGCUCACCCGGUUCGCGUUUGACCGGACGACCGUUCUGGCCACUAGAAAAGCGUGUCGCGAGACCGUCGCGAGCCUUGUGCUCGCUCUGGCGGUGUGGCUGGCAGUCACGGCGUACGCCGUCGCGCUCCUCGUCUUCGCCUUCCGCGCCGAGACACGUGGGCGGCCCGUCUGGCGCUCCAGCGUCGCGGCAGAGGACGAGCGGUUGGCGAGGACCCCCUUGCACGCAAGUGGGAAGGAUGGGAGCGCACAGGACUCGAUCAGCGAGCUGCGAACGCACGAUGAAUGCAGGGAGCAGCCGUCCAGCCAGAAGCUGGGGGGUCAGGAGGUGCAGGAUACGGUACCGCCCAUGUCUGUAGCCUGA